UUGGGAAAAAAGAUCUGGCAACCUCCAACAAUUUUCAUCGUUUUUUGUGUGUCGCUGAAGAAAAAUUCCAUUUUCUUACUCUAUUUUCGCGUUUGCUGUUGCGUGGUAAAGCAAAAAUAGCUUUCGUUUCUAGCAGGUAACUUAUCUGCGAUUUUAUUGAAAACUAAUAACUCAUCACAAGUUUCAGUCAGUUUUGAACAGUGCUAUAAAUAGCUAUCGAACAUAAUGCCAAACAUUAAGUUGCAAUCAUCUGACGGAGAGGUGUUCGAUACGGACGUGCAGAUCGCCAAAUGUUCCGGAACGAUCAAAACAAUGUUGGAGGAUUUGGGUAUGGAUGAGGGCGAGGACGAAGUAGUCCCACUGCCCAAUGUCAACUCGGCCAUUCUGCGGAAAGUGCUGCAGUGGGCCACCUACCACAAGGACGAUCCAGCCCCGGCCGAGGAUGACGAAAACAAGGAGAAGCGUACCGACGACAUCAGCUCGUGGGACGCGGAUUUCCUCAAGGUGGACCAGGGCACGCUGUUUGAGUUGAUUUUGGCUGCAAACUAUCUGGACAUCAAAGGCCUGCUGGAUGUGACGUGCAAGACGGUGGCCAACAUGAUCAAGGGCAAGACUCCAGAGGAGAUUCGAAAGACGUUCAACAUCAAAAACGACUUCACGCCGGCCGAGGAGGAACAGGUUCGCAAGGAAAACGAGUGGUGUGAGGAGAAGUAACGGGAGCUGCGGAAAUGAAAGCUAAUGUUUUAUAUCUUAUAUCAACGCAAGAACAAAAAAAUAAAGGGACAAUUGCCUAUUUGCCGGAUUUAAUUGAUAGAACCUGUUGAAGUAGUGGUCUCUAUAUAAUUACAGGUACACAAAAUAAUUUAUAACAUACUGCACUGUCAAUAAGCCAAUUUGUGUGCUCGAUACUCGAUCUUAAUAAACUUAAUUGUUAGUUCUGGAGUAAA